UCCAACUUAUUAUAAAGAUAUCGUCGGACCUUCAAGUUUCAGUGGCACCCCUGUGCAAUUGUCAUUAAGAACAGUGAUUUUUUAAAUUAUAAUGAGGACUUUGGUUUGCAUCUGUCUUUUGGUGGCUCUCGCUGCAGCUGCAGAGAAGGAACUGAAAGCGUCCAAAGAGAAGAAAGUAGAUAAACGUGGCCUGUUGGGACUCGGUGUUGCUGGUACGCAUCUGAGUUUGGGAGGAAUAGGCAUAGGCGCCCCCUUGGGACUAGCAGCUGCUCCUUUAGCUAUAGGUGGACCAGCCAUUGGAGGAGUUGCUGUUGGAGCUCCACUUGGUACAAUCGACCUAGGUGGACACACUCAUACUCAUACUACCAUCACCAGGAACAUUGGAAUUCCUGUGGCGCAUCCAGUUCCAGUACCUGUUGACAGACCAGUACCUGUCUCAGUACCAGUCAGAGUGCCCGUAGCAGUAGACCGUCCCGUACCAGUAGAAGUUCCUAGACCAUAUCCAGUCACUGUCGAAAGAACUGUUGCCGUACCAGUUGACAGACCUGUAGCCGUACCAGUGCCUCACGCAGUACCAGUACCUGUCGCCAAACCCGUAGGUAUCGCUGUACCCGCUCCAUACCCCGUAGCAGUUCCAAAUCCAGUCGCUGUUCCCGUUGCACACCCCGUACCUGUUGCCAUUUCUAAAACCAUCAUUGCUGACACUCACCCAUGGUGAACACUGUAAAAUUAAAAUUUUUGUACGUAUUUAAAAUCCUUUAAAUUUAUUAAUUUUG